GGAUUUAAAAAAAAAAAAAAACACAAUGUCUAUGAUGUAUUAUAACUCUCUCUCAUUACAUUUGUCACAUUAGAUUGAGCGGGUAAUCUUAUAACCUAAAAAAUUAUAUUUAAAGAUUUCUAAUUAAUCUUUUAUUUUAACCCAAAAUUAGUAACAAAACUUUUUGGUCCAAACGAUACGGAUUACACUGGUGUUACAGUGAUUAAUUAUUUUACAAAAUAAACGGCAUCGGAGUACAGCGGCACCACGCCCGCAACGCCUGCCGCGCAACAGCGCAUCUACAGCUCUUCAGCAAAACUUAAAUAUGUCAACAGACACUUUAGAAAGGUUAAUAAACCGCAGAAGUAAUUAUAAAGGCCGUCUAAAAAGAAUUUACAACUUUGUCGACGAGCAAAACAACCAUAAGAAAAUAUUCGAGCUUCAGACCAGACAAACAGAAAUGGCGGGAUUAUAUGAAAAGUACAAUACCACACAAGAAGACAUCGAAAUGAUAGAUGAUCAAGCAACAAUAUCCCACGAACAAGAGCGAGCUUCCACUGAAGAAAAGUAUUUCUCGUAUGCAGCUAAGAUCGCAGAAAUCCUGAAAGAACACGAACUCAACCGCUCUGCAUCUUCGUGUCAAUCGGUGCUUCAACCCAACUUAAAGCCAUCUGUUACUAAGAUCCCAAAUUUACAGAUUCCAAGCUUCGAUGGAAACCUAACAGAAUGGUCCAGCUUUAAAUCCCUAUUCGAUGGAGUUAUCGACUCGCAUGAGCAACUGACACACCUCCAGAAGUUUCAAUACCUGAAGUCGUUACUACGCGGGGAAGCUGCCGGUCUCAUCGACUCCCUCACAGUUACUGAAGAAAAUUAUCAACAUGCGUUAAGUAUACUUACUAAAAGGUACGACAACAAACUAAUUACUGUUAACUUUCAUUUAAAAAACAUAUUAUCAGUUACAUCUAUUAGUAAGAUUAAUCUUAAAAUCUUUCUUACAAGAUUACAACAAAGCCUAGAUUCACUCAAAGCUUUAAAUGUACCAGUAGAUACCUGGGAUUUAAUACUUAUUUAUAUUAUUAUUCAAAAGUUAGAUCAGAGUCUCAGAUCUGCCUGGGAACUUGAUUAUAAAUGUGAAGAAUUACCAAAGCUCUCACAAUUAUUAGACUUUCUAAAUCAUCGUGCAAGAGCAUUUGAACUUAUGUAUGAUCAGAAUCAAAAUGUCAUGAAACCUAAUGUACAGAUACAUAAUAAGCCUAAACUGACUCGAGUAUCCACCCAUGUAGGAACGGUUACUUCUAGCUGCAGUCUAUGUAACAUGUCUCAUGAACUAUACAACUGUCCAUCAUUCCUUGAAAUGAGUGCAGUCAAACGCAAUGAUUAUGUAAAAUCUAAUAAGUUAUGCUUUAACUGUUUAAAACCUUACAGAUUUCAUCAUACAUGUUCAAAGAACAGCUGCUCUAUCUGUUCUAAAAAGCAUCAUACAGCUAUUCAUAUUGACAAUUACUCUUUGUCUACAUGGUCUGGUAAUACUGCUGCAAUUGUAGGCAAUACACAAAACAAAUUAACUAAAGAAAAGGUACCUGAGUCCCAAUCAAAGGUAAGUACCAAUAAUUUAAGUGACAACAAACAAGCUUCAGUUAUGCAUUUACACUCAGACCAAGUUCAAGUUUACCUAUCUACAGCUGUUAUUAAAGUUCAGCAAGAUAAUGGUGAAUGGACUACAUGUCUUGCCUUACUGGAUAGCGGAAGCCAAGUAUGUCUAAUAACAAAACAGCUAGCUAACAAGCUCAGCUUAUCACUUUCUAACAAGAAAGGUUACAUUAUACAUGGUGUAGGUAGCGAUCCCACACACUCAUCUCAAUCUACAAUAGUUAAUAUUGCAUCUCGUAACAGCAAUUAUGCCACAACAUUAACCUGUGUAGUUACUGAACAAAUUUCAACAAAGCUACCACAGAAUUAUAUACCACUCGCUAACUUCAAGUUACCUAAAGAAUAUGAAUUAGCAGAUCCCACAUUUAAUGUUCCAAAGGCCAUUGACCUGCUCAUUGGUGGACAUUUAUUCUACUCGCUUCUUCUACAGGGCAGUAUACAAUUAGGUAAAAAUCGUCCCACACUCAUUAAUACAGUCUUUGGAUGGGUAGUGACAGGAGAAAUUGAAUUAACAAUGCAAUCUUUAUAUCAUAAUACAGUCCACACAUCGAAUAAUUUCCACACAUUAAAUCAUAUUGACACCCACUUUAACAAAAACUCAGUUAUAUCAGCUCAUAUAACUUGUGAACAAUCUUGUGAUGAAUUAUUAAAACGGUUUUGGGAGCAAGAGGAACUAAAAUCUUCCCCAAUACUUACACCAGAACACAUAUUUUGCGAAGAACUUUACAAAAGCACAACUACUAGAGACCCAACAGGUCGCUUUACAGUAAAACUUCCAAUUAUACAAGACAAGCUAGAUCAGCUAGGUGAUUCCUACAGCAUCGCUCAAAAAUGCUUUAUCUCAUUAGAGAAAAGAUUCACUAACAAUCCAGAACUUCAUAAACAAUAUUCUGAAUUCAUUGAUGAAUACAUAAACUUAGGUCAUGCAUCUUACAUACCUACUUCAUCUCCAUCAAACACACAAGAGGAAAUUAAAAGAUUCUUUCUGCCUCAUCAUGCAGUUAUAAAACCAAGUAGUGUUUCAACUAAAUUACGUGUAGUUUUUAAUGGAAGUAGUCAGUCAUCUACAUCAGUGUCUCUCAAUGAAGUCUUACAUGAGGGUCCUAACAUUUACACAGAUCUAAUAGACAUUAUAUUAAGGUAUAGAACCUAUAAAUAUGUACUGUCAUGUGAUAUAAUAAAAAUGUUCAGAAAUAUAAACAUAGAUCCUUCACAUUGCAACCUGCAAUGCAUACUAUGGAGAGCAUCUCCUAACGAUGAUCUUAAAGUUAUUAGACUGAAUACAGUCACAUAUGGGACUAGAAGUGCUCCUUAUCUAGCAUUUAGGACAUUAUUAGAGCUUGCCCAUCAGGAUGGUCACAUCUAUCCAUUAGCAGCAAAAUGCAUUUUAUAUCAAACAUUUAUGGAUGAUGUCCAUUGUGGAACAAACUCACUCUCUGAAGCUAGAGAACUUUGCAAUCAACUAAUUUCUCUACUUAAAAGAGGUGGUUUUCAGUUACAUAAAUGGUCAUCUAACAAUCCUCAGAUAUUACAAGAUGUUGAAAGCAACAAAAGUAAACAUUCACCAACCAGUCUUAUUAUUGGUGAUGAAACUAGUACAUUAGGUCUCAAGUAUGAACCUGCAACAGAUACAUUUAAAGUUAACAUUCCCUCUCAGCAAUGUAAUUUACAUUUUACUAAAAGAAUUGUUCUCUCAAUUAUUGCCAAGAUUUAUGACCCACUCGGUUACCUUUCACCUGUUACAAUCACUGCAAAACUUUUCAUGCAACAGCUAUGGAAAGAAUCCAGUAUCAUACAAUGGGAUACACCAUUACCUAAACAUUUACUCCAACAAUGGCUGUCCUUCUAUGAAAAUAUUCAAAUAUUAAAAGAUAUUACUAUUCCUAGAUAUUGUUUCUCAGAUAUACCAAAUGAAAUUUACUUAGUAGGAUAUUGUGAUGCCUCACUAGUUGCUUAUGGCGCAUGUAUCUACAUUGUAGCACAUUAUCCUAAUCAUAAACCAACUUCUAAUUUAGUUAUUAGCAAAAGUAAAGUUGCCCCUGUACGCACAGUCAGCUUACCAAAAUUAGAACUUUCUAGUGCUACGCUACUCUCAAAAUUAAUGAAAAAGGUGAAACUUGCGUUAGAAGUAGCUAUUAAAAUACAUACUAUUCUAAUUUGUGGAUUCAUACUAGAACUCAUGACAAUGCUGCAGACUUACUUACUCAAGGCGUACAUGCUAAAGAUUUAA